GCCAUCUUUUUGGCUCCUAAAUCUUAAGCCUUAAACUUGCCCCCAAUCAUUGCUGCUUUUCGAUCCCAAAGCUCCAUGAUGAUCGUUACUUAACCACCUCCUCUGCUCUUCAAUUCUAUACCAUACCAUCAAGCCCUUAGUUACUACUACUACCACUACUACCUAGCUACGAACAAGGAUGCAGUGCCAAAGCAGCAUCAACAGAACCCAACACCAACAGAGAAUUGAAGUGAACACACACAGCAAAAUGGCAGCAGUUCAUUUCAGUUGAGGCACUGCUGCAGCUAGAGCUAUAGCAGGGAAUCAUCAGUGCCGGCCGGUAGUGGCAGCAGUUCUUGUGCCUCCCUACCCAACGACUCACCCGAUCUCUCUAGUCAGAAGUCAGUAGUCACUGCCCCCGAUCCACCAAUCCCCUCCUGCUCCUGCUGCUGCGUGAGUUCAUUCGUUGCAGUCUCAGGUUCUCAGCAUAUAUACUGCAGGACUCCACCCACUGCCCGGACCUCCACCACCUCCUCUCUUUCCUUUCACCUCUUCCUCCGUCCUCGCUCUCUCCUAGGCCUCUUCUUCCUCAUCGAUCACAGCCGGCCAGCUGCAACUAAAAGCUAGCUUAGCUAGCAGAAGCAAGAAAGGCACCAUCAUAUCCGAUCCGAUCCAUGGCGGUGAAGGACUGCGGCGGGCACAAGGGCUGCGAGUGCGAGCGUGAGCGUCUGUACCGGCGGUGCUGCGCGGCGCUCGUGGCGUUCAUCCUCCUGGUCCUCUUCGUCAUCCUCGUCGUCUGGCUGGUGCUGCGCCCGCACAAGCCCAAGUUCUACCUGCAGGACCUGUCGGUGCUGUGCCUCAACGUGACGCCGCCGGCGUCCACGUACCUCUUCACCACCAUGCAGGCGACGGUGGCGGCGCGGAACGUCAACGACCGCGUCGGCGUCUACUACGACCAGGCGGACGCGUACGCCGAGUACAAGGGCGUCGCCAUCACCGUGCCCACGCGCCUCCCCGUGCAGUACCAGGGGCCCAACGACGCCUCCGUCUGGUCCCCGUUCCUCCGCUCCCUCGACAGCGUCCAGCUCCCGCCGCAGCUCGCCGUCGCGCUGGCACAGGACGAGACGGCGGGCUACGUGCUCAUCGACGUCCGCGUCGACGGUUGGGUUAGGUGGAAGGUCGGCACCUGGAUCUCGGGACACUACCACCUCCGCGUCAACUGCCCCGCGCUGCUCACCGUCAACGAGGGCAAAGGAAGCUAUGGCGCCAACACCGGCGGCGGAACGGGCUACUUCCGAUUCCAGCAGGCCGCCGCAUGCGCCGUCGACGUCUAGUCUCUAGUCUAGUGUACGUAGCUGGCUGGUGUUCGCUUCGUCUUGCGUCGUUGCAGCUUUAAUUUGGUACAUCAACAUUCCUUCGUUCUCUUGUAAAUCGAUCGAUCGAUCGAUCGUCGCAUCAGAAUCAGCUGCGUUUGUCAAUUCGUCGAUCGAAUGGACGAUGGUCUUUAAUUUCAGAGCUUGGCUGCUGAUUAGGCAGUGAUGGAUCGGAUUCUGAUUAUUGGUGGGUUGGUUGGAGUCUUUGGAUUGAAGAAGGGAGAGAGAUGGAGGAAAAGACGAUCAUGAUCAUAUCGUACUGUACUAUCUAUGGGGCAAACGUGAAGGUUGCUCCAUCCAUAUACCAUCAAUAAUGUCAAUUGUUCAUAUAUAUAUAUAUAUAUAUAUAAAUACAUAA